CGCGGAUGGGAGGACCUUUCCGAUUUUCUUUCCUACUUGCAUCUUCCACAUCCCAUUUCGGAACAGGAAAAAAAUAAUGUAAUCUGAUCAUUUAUCCGAGUUUCCAGAAAGAUUUGAAGAUCGGAACAACCUUGCAAUCAAGCCAGUAGUAUUUUAAAAGAACGAUACAUCACAAACAUGAAUUCUAGUGAUAUUUAUGACAACUUGACGUUUGAUACUGUGCUCUAUCUUAACAGCUCUAACAGAAGCAACAUAACCAGAGAUGAUUCCAGUGUCGCUUCAGAUGCUGUUUUAUCCAUGGCACUUGCGUUACUAAUUUUGGUAACUAUAAUAGGAAAUGCAUCUGUGAUAAUCGCUAUAACUCGAGAAAGAAACUUACAAACCAAAGGAAAUUGCUUGGUGCUAUCUCUUGCAGUCGCUGAUCUUUUAGUAGCAUGUCUUGUAAUGCCAUUAGGAGCAGUCUAUGAAGUUCAUCGGGAGUGGAAUCUAGGCAGGGAGCUGUGCGAUAUAUGGACAUGCUGCGAUGUGCUUUGCUGUACAGCAUCCAUUUUACAUCUAGUAGCUAUUGCUGUCGAUAGAUAUUGGGCGGUUACAGAUAUAGAUUAUGUACGCCAAAGACAAUCUUGGCACGUUGGUUUAACCAUUACGCUAGUAUGGUUUGUUUCUUUUAUAGUUUCUAUUGCUCCACUUGUAGGUUGGAAAGACCAGUUGCAUGAAACUCGCAUACUUACUGAAAAACGCUGUUUGAUAAGUCAAGAUCCUGGGUACCAACUAUUUGCAACCUGCGCAACAUUCUAUGUUCCCCUGGUUGUUAUUCUUCUGCUUUAUUGGAGAAUAUUUCGUGUUGCACAAAAAAGGAUUCGAAAUAAACCUGGGUCGUGUGCUGACUCGCGUUUGGUUUCUGCUACUGUCAUGGCAUCUCUAGUGACAGAGAUGACAUUGAUUUCUACCACUACUUCAUCAUCCCAUCCCAGUGAAGCUAGUCGCUCGGAAGAUCUUUUAUGGAAUCAUACUAAAGAAGAGGGAUUGAAAAAAAGAAGAAGAGUUAAUAUGCGAACAAAAAGAGAAAGAAGAGCAGCUAAGACUCUAACCGUGAUAACUGGCGUUUUUGUUGUAUGCUGGCUUCCCUUUUUCACUAUGGCACUGCUUAUGCCUCUGUGCGAAACCUGUCAGCCAAGUAAUGAGCUUUUUAGUUUUGCUCUGUGGCUUGGUUAUGCCAACUCAAUGCUCAACCCAGUUAUUUACACAGUUUUUAGCCCCGAUUUUCGAAUGGCUUUUAAACAGCUCUAUUUUUCUUCUUGUCAUUUGUAAACAGGCGCACUUCUCACUGCUUAUGUAACUGUGAUUGAUGUAAAAUUAUACGUAUUUGUGUGUGAUAUAUAUGCAUCUAUGUUUCUUAAGCAUUCUUCAUGUAUGAUGUAU